AUGGCUGCUGAAAUAAAGCCUGCGCCCAGAACCCCAAACGAUAGAUUUUCUACAACCAAAAAGCCAGCACUUUUAAGCAAACUAGAAGGUUGCACCGACGAUGUUAAUGCUGCAGUCGUGAUACCUGGCGAAGAUGGAGUUAUAAGUGUUUGUGAUGAUAAAACUGUACGAGUUUGGUUGAAACGUGAUUCUGGUCAGUACUGGCCGAGCAUCUGUCAGUAUAUGCCAUCAGGAUGUACGUCAAUGUUCUAUACACCAGAGACACGUCAACUUUUCAUUGGUCAAGAGAAUGGCACAGUUUCAGAGUUCACACUUGCUACAGAUUGCAACAGGAUAAAUCCUAGUCGCGAGUACUUGGCACACACGGCCCGUGUUACAGCUGUGGUGUUCUCACUGAGCUGUGAAUGGGUGCUUUCUGUAAGUCGAGACAAGCUGUUUGCGUACCACUGCAGUGAAACGGGACGUCGGAUCGGUGGUUACUCGUUCGAGGCCUGGUGCACCGCUUUGCAAUUCGACUCACAGUCAAAAUACGCGUUCGUCGGUGAUUACAGCGGCCUGAUAACUAUGUUAAAAUUGGAUAACAAUGGCGCAACACUAGUCACUACUUUAAAAGGGCAUACAGGCUCCGUUCGAGUGUUAAACUGGGCCCCAAUACCUCAAUUAUUAUUUAGUGGUUCGUUUGACCAAAGUAUUAUUGUCUGGGACAUUGGUGGACAGAAGGGAACAGCCUAUGAAUUGCAAGGACAUAGUAACAAGGUGACGGGGCUGUGGUACGUGGGCGGAUGCGAGCGGCUGGUGUCGGCGGGCGAGGACGGCGCGCUGGGCGUGUGGGAGAUGGGCGUGCGGCGCCGCGAGACGCCCGCCUGGCGCGAGGCCGACCUGUGCCAGCUGUGCCGCGCGCCCUUCAUAUGGAACGUGCGCGCCAUGAUGGAGAAAAAGCAGUUGGGUCUGCGGCAGCACCACUGCCGCUGGUGCGGCGCGGCGGUGUGCGGCGCGUGCUCGCCGCACCGCCUGCCGCUGCCCGUCAUGGGCUUCGAGUUCCCGCAGCGCGUCUGCACCGCCUGCUACGACACGCUGCGCCACGAGCCUCGUGAGUCCCUCGCAUCGUUCCACGACAUGAAGCACGCGGUGGCGUCGCUGUACGUGGACGAGGCGACGGGGCGCAUGUGCACGGCCGGCAAGGACCGCGUCAUCAAGGUGUGGGACAUUAGCGUGCUGCUCGCGCCCAAGCCCAAGCCCGGCACCAGCGAACAAUAG